AUGUUUGUCAGCGACUUUCGUAAGGAGUUCUAUGAUGUGAUAGUGCACCAGCGUGUGCUUCUCCUUGUUGCACCUGAUGUGGAUGCACUGUGUGGAUGUAAAAUACUUCAGUCCUUAUUUCAGUGUGACCAUGUCCAGUACACACUAGUUCCGGUAUCUGGUUGGCAGGAGCUUGAAAUUAUUUUCCUUGAGCACAAAGAGCAGUUUCGCUACUUUGUACUUAUAAAUUGUGGUGGAAAUAUUGAUCUUCUGGAGACUCUGCAGCCACAGGAAGAGGCUGUAUUCUUUAUAUGUGACACCCACAGACCAAUAGAUGUAGUGAAUGUGUACAAUGACUCCCAGAUAAAGUUGCUUAUCAAACAAGAUGAUGACCUGGAAAUUCCAGCAUAUGAUGACAUUUUUCGUGAUGACGAGGAGGAUGAAGAUGGAGAGGAUUCUGGUAAUGAUAGUGAUGGCUCUGAACCUUCAGGGAAGAGGAGACGAUUUGAUGAGGGAGCUGUAGAAAGAAGAAUUGAGAGACGACGGGAGAGGAGAGAGUGGGAGGCACGCAGAAGAGAAAUCCUCUUUGACUAUGAACAGUAUGAAUACCAUGGAACAUCGUCUGCAAUGAUGAUGUUUGAGCUGGCAUGGAUCAUGUCCAAAGAUUCAAAUGACAUGUUAUGGUGGGCUAUUGUUGGCUUAACUGACCAGUGGGUUCAAGACAGAAUUACUCAGAUGAAAUAUGUAACAGAUGUGGGAACUCUGCAGCGGCAUGUUCUAGACAUAACCACCGCAAUGAGGAUGAAGAAAACUCUCUCUCCAUUGACUGCAUGAGGAUCGCUUUUGAAUAUGAUGUGCGGCUUUCAUUAUAUCAGCAUUGGUCUUUGUAUGAAAGCAUCUGUAACUCUUGCUACACUUCCGCCACUCUCAAGCUUUGGUCUGUUCAAGGCCAGAAAAGGCUUCAAGAGUUCCUGGCUGACAUGGGGUUGCCUUUAAAACAGGUGAAACAGAAAUUUAACUCCAUGGACAUAUCCCUGAAGGAAAAUCUUCGGGAAAUGAUAGAAGAAUCUGCUAACAAAUUUGGAAUGAAAGACAUCAGAGUGCAGACCUUCAGCGUGCAGUUUGGGUUUAAGAAUAAAUUCCUGGCCAGUGAUGUUGUGUUUGCUGUAAUUUCACUAUUGGAGAACACAGAGAAAGAUGAGAGUGGGACUGAUAACUUUAUUAAGGCUUUGGAUAGCUUGUCCAGGAGCAACUUGGACAAAUUACACACUGGCUUGGAGCUCUCCAAGAAGCUCUUACGUGCCAUUCAGCAGACUGUGGCAAGCUGUAUCUGUACUAACCUCAUCCUGUCCCAGGGCCCGUUCCUGUACUGCUAUCUCAUGGAGGGAACACCAGAUGUGAAGAUGUUUUCAAGGUCCGUUUCCUUGUGCCUUCUCUGUAAAUACUUGCUGAAAUCCUUUGUCAGUUCUACAAAAAAUAAACGCUGUAAACUGCUUCCCCUGGUUCUGGCUGCUCCACUGGAUGUUGAGAAGGGAACCGUGAUCAUGGUAGGAAUUCCUCCAGAAGUAGAGAGCUCUGAUAAGAAAAAUUUCUUUGGUCGGGCGUUUGAGAAAGCUGCAGAGAGCACCAGUUCUCGGACACUUCACAAUCAGUUUGAUAUGUCCAUCAUUGAACUGAGAACAGAGGACCGUAGCAAGUUCCUGGAUGCUCUCAUCUCUCUCCUGUCCUAA